AUGUCACUAUCUGGGAAUAACUUUGAGAACCCCCAGAACAAUGGAACUUCUAGACUUUUAAAAAAUGUACAAAGACUUGCUUUGAACAAUGUCACAAAUACAACAGCAGGCCCUCAUGUUGGCUUUCUUGGUUCACAAUCUCAAGAUAACUCUGCAUUAAGAAGCUUCAAGUCAUCGAUUGCAAACUUAAAGGGUGACUCAGUACCUACUUAUAAAGUUAACCCAUUGUCUAGACCAGCCUUGGUUAACAAUGAAAGAGAUUUAACAAAGACAAAAUUGGGUAUACAAGAAGAAAAGGAAACAAGAAACUAUGAAGAAAACAAGGAGAAUCAUGGACCCCAGAAAGGACAUUUCACACAGUAUGAUGAGAGGGUAGAAGAUAAAAAUCAGUCAGAAUCGACAGUUUCAUCACAAACCACAACAGAAUCGACGCAAAUAACAACGAGUAAUGGUGAUGAUGACCAAACUGAGGAAGAAAAUAGCGAGGAUGCUGACUCAAAAAAGAAACGCCCAAUUUCUACUAUUGUGGAACAAGAUAUACCCAAAAAGUUCAAGUCAUGCAAUCGUUUUGGAACAGAAGAGUACGAAUGGGAAGAUCUAGAUGCUGAGGAUGCCAAUGACCCUUUCAUGGUAAGUGAAGACGUAAACGAUAUUUUUGAGUAUCUUCAUCAGUUGGAAAUUGUAACUUUACCAAGAAAGGAGGAUCUAUACAAGCAUAGAAAUAUUUGCCAGAAUAGGGAUAUAUUAGUGAAUUGGCUGGUAAAGAUACAUAAUAAAUUUGGUUUGCUUCCAGAAACACUAUAUCUAGCGGUAAAUUUGAUGGAUCGUUUUCUUUGCAAAGAAUUAGUUCAACUUGAUAAAUUGCAAUUAGUAGGAACAUCGUGUCUCUUUAUUGCAUCAAAAUAUGAAGAAGUUUAUUCUCCAAGUAUUAAGCACUUUGCUUCGGAAACUGACGGAGCAUGCACAGAAGAUGAGAUUAAAGAAGGUGAAAAAUUUAUUCUGAAGACACUAGAAUUUAACCUCAACUAUCCUAAUCCAAUGAACUUUUUAAGAAGAAUAUCAAAAGCUGAUGAUUAUGACAUCCAAUCAAGAACGUUAGCCAAAUUUCUACUAGAAAUAUCACUAGUUGACUUCAGAUUCAUUGGUGUAUUACCAUCAUUAUGCGCAGCUGCAGCCAUGUUCUUAUCCAGAAAAAUGUUAGGUAAAGGCCAAUGGGAUGGGAAUUUAAUACACUAUAGCGGUGGAUACACAAAAAAUCAAUUGGCUCCUGUUUGUGAGAUGAUUAUGGACUAUUUAGUUAGCCCUGUUGUUCAUGAUGAAUUCCAUAGAAAAUACCAAUCAAGAAGAUUCAUGAAAGCAUCCAUAAUAUCUGUUCAGUGGGCUUUAAAGGUCAGGAAAAAUGGAUACGAUAUAAUGUCACUACAUGAGUAA